GGGAGGAGCCCGGGGCGCGUUGGCAACACCGGAGCUGUCCCGGCCGGGGCGGGGGCGGCGCACGGGGCGGGCUCUCGGGACCCAGCGUCCCAGCGCCCGCUCGGCCCCACACACGCCUGGAGGGGGCUCGCCGGGCCUGGAAGACGCGGCGGACGGGGUCGGAGGGCCUGGUUCGCGAUGGGGUCCCAGGUGUCUGUGGACGUGGGAGCUGUGCGCGUGGUGAUCGUGGGUGGGGGCUUCGGUGGGAUAGCUGCCGCCAGCCAGCUACAGGCUCUGAACAUCCCCUUCCUGCUGGUUGACAUGAAGGACUCCUUCCACCACAACGUGGCAGCCCUCCGGGCCUCCGUGGAAAGUGGGUUUGCCAAAAAGACAUUCAUUUCCUACACUGUGACCUUCAAGGAAAACUUCCGGCAGGGGCUGGUCGUGGACAUAGAUCUCCAGAAUCAGACGGUGCUGCUCGAGGAUGGCGAGGCCCUGCCCUUCUCACACCUUAUCCUGGCCACUGGCAGCACCGGGCUCUUUCCGGGCAAGUUUAAUGAGGUUUCCAGCCGGGAGGCCGCUAUCCAGGCCUACGAGGACAUGGUGAAGCAGGUCCAGCGCUCACAGUCGGUGGUGGUGGUGGGAGGCGGCUCUGCCGGAGUGGAGAUGGCAGCGGAGGUUAAAACCGAAUUCCCUGAGAAAGAGGUAGGCACACAGCCUUGCCUUUGGACUCUCAGAGCCCGGGCUCUCGGUGCGGUAUGCGAGGACCACGGGGGAUUGACCUGGGGCCUGGGCGGCGGUGCUCCACGAACGCGUGUUUCCCAGGGCCCAGUCUCUGCAGUCGGGUGUCCCUGUGUGGAGUACAGGCGAGCCUCUGGACUUUUCUUGCCUUCAGCUCAGUCGGUGGUGCGCCUGGAGAGCCUCCCUGCCUGGUUAGGGUGGUGCGGCCGGCAGUCCGGCCGUGUGGUUGGGGUCUUCCUCGGAGAGCUUUUCCCAGAACUUCUUGGGAAAUUCAGCUUCAUUUUCCCACACUGCUUCUGGGAACUUUCCUGCCUGUGGACCCUCCAGGGGGGCGGGAUAGCAACCUUGUGCAUCUUGGGGCAGCAGGGCAGACUGGCAGAGGGGCGGGGAGGAAGGCAGGAGCUGAAGGCUCGCUUAGUUGGGUCCCAGCCUGGAUGCCGUGCCCGCCCCUGCCAGCCUCGUGCUCACGGAUCUCGCUUGACAGGUGAGCGGGUGAGCAACCUGGAGGACCUGCGCCUUAACGAGUACGGAGAGUGCAUCCGUGUGCACACGGACAAAGGCACAGAAGUGGCCACCAACUUGGUGAUAGUCUGCAACGGUAUUAGGGUCAACAGCUCCGCCUACCACAGUGCAUUCGACAGUCACCUGGCCAGCAAUGGCGCCCUGAGAGUGAACGAGUAUCUCCAGGUGGAGGGCUGCAGCCACGUUUACGCCAUCGGCGACUGUGCAGAUGUGAAGGAGCCCAAGAUGGCCUAUCACGCGGGCCUCCAUGCCAGCGUCGCCGUGACCAACAUCGUCAACUCCAUGAAACAGAGGCCCCUCAAGGCCUAUAAGCCAGGGGCGCUGACGUUCCUCCUGGCCAUGGGCAGAAACGACGGCGUGGGCCAGAUCAGUGGCUUCUACGUGGGGCGGCUCAUGGUUCGGCUGGCCAAGAGCCGGGACCUGUUCGUCUCCUCAAGCUGGAAGACCAUGCGGCAGUCUCCACCUUGAGCCGGAGUGGGGCGGGACAUGAGGUCAGGUCCAUUUGUUCCCUAGGCCUACGUGGGACCUGGGCCUCUCUCCCGCAGGAUGGCCGCCCCACCAGAGGCUUCACCCAGAACUCCCUUCCUGUGGACCAGGGCCAUCCUUCUGGAAGCAGGACCUGCUGCCUGACAAGCACAGACCAUUCUGUGCCGUCUGACCUGGGGCCUACCAGGGCGGGGGUCUCAGCCUGUGCGUGACAGGCCUAGUUCUGUUUAUAACAUUUUACAAGUGUCCACCCAUGGGGACACGGUUUUCUAAACUGAGGAAAAGGCUGCAAUAAAAGACUAUGUUGUAAGAAAAGA